AAAAAUAGCCGUUACUAGCUGUUGGGGGUCAUUAAAUGCUCUGCAGGACGCAAAGCUCGAGCUGCAGAGUCGGCUGCAGCUUCCAAGAGCCAGCUGCAGCUUCCAAGAGCCGGCUCUCUACAGAUAUUCAAGCCUUUCUGGAGCAACCCACUGUUACUCAGCUACCAUUGGACGAUGACCAGUACACUGGUGAUGAUGCAACAAUGGAGGAGGACACUGAAGAACGUACUUUGGAGGCUGAUUUGGAUGCUGAGUUUGCUGUGCUUGAUCCUGAGUUAGAUACUCAGCUGGAGGAGGCACUAUCACGUGCUAUCCUGAAGACAGGACGUGACAAGGAUAAAGGAGAUAGCGCUCCUGCCGACCCAAGUCAAAGGAAGGUGCUUAGCCUUAAUCAUCGAGGCACAUUCAGCCAUGAGAAGUUUAGGAGGACUGCCAUAGUAAUAUGGAAAUACUUGUAUGAUGAGCCAAUGCUUUUUUGGUCUAGUUGGCCUGAGAAAAAGAAGAGGGUUGCUUGGGAGAAUUUCCAGAGGACAUAUUAUUGGGAAGAAGAUGAUGCUCAUGUGUAUAAAAUUUGGAGAUUACAUUGUCGGAACCAUUUCCGAGACGAGGUUCAUCAAGCUCGAAAGGCAUGGGUCAAGUACAAGAAGUUGCUUGAGUUCAUGCAUAAGGAUACCUUUAAAAUUUGUUGGCAAAAUGGAGGAGUCCAAAAUAUAUUGCACUCCAGGAAAGAGACUGGUUAUCCUGCUUCUGCACCACCCCAGACUAUUGAUCCUUCUUUUGGAGGAUUUAGACCUGAUUACUUACCACCUCCUACUUAGAGACAUUGAUAUUUUAUACUUAUAUUAUAUAUGUUUAUAUAUAUGUACUGCAUAUGUAUAUACAUGGUGUGUAGGAUGAGAAGUUAGUGUAUAUUUAUUAACUUAAACUAGUUUUUAGUUAUGUAGUAUUUGAGUUUAAAUAAGUAAAAUAUAUAAUAUUAAUAAAAUUUAACAAUCCUA